AUGCAUAGCAUGUUUGUUUCUUUGGACUUCUUCCCUGUCCUCUAUUUGAAAAUGUUAUUCUUCUGCCUAAAGCUCCGAGAGGAGAUAGAGAAGAAGAGGAGGGAGAAGAAAGAGAAGAAGAGGAUCAAGAAGGAGAAGAAGAGAGAGAAGAAUGAGAAAAAAGAGAAAAAAGAGAAAAAAGAAAGGAAACAUAGAGAAGGAACAACAACCGCAGCUAAUGGCAGUGACGAUGGCAAGAAGUUCAAGCUCAUUAACGAUAUUAAGGAAUCCAAAGCAGAUGGACAUUUGCAAAAAGGUGAAGUCUGUGAGAAUGAACUACUUGAGAGAAGUGGAAUUACAGAGGAACUUGAACAACCUGUCACUUCUCGGGAGCCUUGCUGCUUGUCUGACAGUACUCAAAGUAGUAAAAGGAAAAGGGGCUCCCCCCAAUCUACUACUCAUGAAAAUGGACCUGCUAUUAAAAUCCGACUUCCUUUGAGGAAGCAUAGCGACCCUGAAGAAUCGAAUUCUAAAUCAAAAUUUCAAUUGGGGUCUUCUUCAGGACGUGUGUUGGAAAUUGCAGAUUCCUUAACUAAAACUACCAUUCCAAGUGAGAGUCAGUCAAAAUGUGUCAUAAACACUGGUCCUAAGCGGAUUCUUGGAAACUCUAAUUCCAGCAGCUGCAAAGUAUUGCAGAAUUCUGUUAAUGGAAAUGCUGUGAUUACUAAAAAUACUCUUGGAAGUGGUCGUCAGUCCCCAUGUAUUAUGACUGGAGAGCCCAAACGUGUUUUGGGAAAUUCUGAUUCUAGACUUGGCAAAGAUAAACACAAUUCAGUUCGUCGAGAUGUUGUCUUGCCUAAUAAUACCCUUGGAAAUGAUAGUCAGUCACAGUCUCUCAGGACAGCAGAGCCCAAACGGGUUUUUGGAAACUCUGUUUCUAGACAUGGCAAUGUGAUGCAGAAUUCUGUUCAUGGAGAUGCUUUGGUGGCGAAAAAUACCCUUGGAAAUGAUUGUCAGUCACAGUCUCUGAGGACGGCAGUGCCCAAACGUGUUCUUGGAAACUCUGAUUCUGGACAUGCGAAAUUUAUGCGGAAUUCAGUUAAUGGAAGUGCUGUAGUCGAUAAAAGUACUCUUGGAAGUGAUCGGCAAUUGCAAUCGCUCGAGUUGGAAGUACCCAAACGGGUUGUUAGAAACUCUGGCAAAGCGAUGCAGAAUUCAGUUCGUGGAGAUGCUGGGGUCGCCAAAAGUACCCUUGAAAAUUAUUCUCAGUUACAAAGUCUGAGGAAUACAGAGCCGAAACGGGUUCUUGGAAUUUCUGAUUCUAGACAUGGCAAAGCGGUACAGAAUUUAGUUCCUGGCGUGGCUGUGGUGACUGAAAAUACUCCCGGAAGUGAUCGUCAGUCGAAACCGAAACAGGAUCGUAGGAAACCUGGUUCUAAACAUAGCCAAGCAGUUACUGCUAUGGACAAAGAUAAUGCAGUUGGUGAUGCUAUGGACAUUGUUAAUGCAGUUGACGAUGGAAGUAACAAAAUGGUAUCCUUGUAUAAAUCUUUGUUGCAGAUUCCUCCACUAACGUAUGAUGAAUUGGAGUCAACAAUAGAUCAAGAUUGGUUAUUUAGUUCGGAACCGGCAGAGGCGAAGCAGCCUGCCUCAAAGAAACAGAAGUGCGAAACUGAUGUUUUCAAGCUUUCAAGUUCUAUGUGGCCUCGUGCACAAUACUUCCCUGAGGUCGAUGUGUAUGCGCUGCCAUAUGCAGUUCCUUUUUGA